UUACCAUCACACAGUAACAAAAUACAGAGCUAUCGUAAUCAUGGUGAGGAAUAAGUCAGCUUGCGUAGUUCUGCUCUUUUCUCUUUUCCUUUCCUUUGGCUUGCUUUGUUCUGCCAAAGACUUUCCCGGCAGAAGAGGCGACGAUGAUCCUUCCAAGAGGUACGAGGACUGCCGGAGGAGAUGCGAAUGGGAUACACGUGGACAAAAGGAGCAACAGCAGUGUGAAGAAAGUUGUAAAAGUCAGUAUGGGGAGAAAGAUCAACAGCAGCGCCACCGCCCUGAAGAUCCCCAGAGGAGAUACGAGGAGUGUAAGCAAGAAUGCCGACAACAAGAAGAAAGGCAACAACCACAAUGCCAACAAAGGUGCUUGAAACGAUUCGAGCAAGAACAACAACAAUCCCAGAGGCAAUUCCAGGAGUGUCAGCAACAUUGCCACCAGCAAGAACAAAGGCCGGAAAAGAAGCAACAAUGUGUGAGGGAAUGCAGGGAAAAGUACCAGGAGAAUCCAUGGAGGGGAGAGAGAGAAGAAGAAGCAGAAGAGGAGGAAACUGAAGAAGGAGAGCAAGAACAAAGCCAUAAUCCUUUCCACUUCCAUCGCAGAUCAUUCCAAUCUCGAUUCAGGGAAGAACAUGGCAAUUUCAGGGUCCUCCAAAGGUUUGCUUCAAGGCAUCCUAUUCUUAGGGGCAUCAAUGAGUUCCGCUUAUCUAUCUUAGAAGCAAACCCCAACACUUUCGUUCUCCCACACCAUUGUGACGCUGAGAAAAUUUACCUUGUCACCAACGGAAGAGGAACGCUUACGUUCUUGACACAUGAAAACAAAGAGUCCUACAAUAUAGUACCGGGAGUUGUAGUCAGCGUCCCAGCAGGAAGCACUGUGUACUUGGCUAACCAAGACAACAAGGAAAAGCUAAUCAUAGCAGUGCUUCACCGCCCUGUUAAUAACCCUGGACAAUUCGAGGAAUUCUUCCCAGCUGGAAGCCAACGCCCUCAGUCAUAUCUCCGAGCCUUUAGUCGUGAAAUUCUUGAGCCUGCCUUCAAUACACGAAGUGAGCAGCUAGACGAGCUGUUUGGUGGGAGGCAAAGCCGUCGAAGGCAGCAGGGACAGGGAAUGUUCCGUAAAGCCAGCCAGGAACAAAUAAGGGCAUUGAGCCAAGAAGCCACUUCACCAAGGGAGAAAAGUGGCGAGAGAUUCGCCUUCAACUUAUUGAGCCAAACCCCUCGCUACUCCAACCAAAACGGCCGCUUCUUCGAGGCUUGCCCACGUGAAUUCCGGCAACUCAGGGACAUCAAUGUCACCGUUUCAGCCUUGCAAUUAAACCAAGGAUCAAUCUUUGUGCCGCACUACAAUUCAAAGGCUACAUUCGUGAUCCUUGUUACCGAAGGAAAUGGAUACGCUGAAAUGGUUUCUCCUCAUCUUCCUAGGCAAAGCUCAUAUGAAGAAGAAGAAGAACAAGAAGAAGAACAAGAACAAGAACAAGAAGAGGAAAGGAGAAGUGGACAAUACAGGAAAAUAAGGUCCCGGUUGUCGCGUGGAGACAUAUUUGUAGUCCCAGCAAACUUUCCAGUUACAUUCGUUGCAUCCCAAAACCAGAACCUGAGGAUGACUGGGUUCGGUCUUUACAACCAGAACAUUAACCCAGACCAUAACCAGAGGAUCUUCGUGGCUGGGAAAAUCAACCAUGUGAGACAAUGGGAUAGCCAAGCCAAGGAGUUGGCCUUUGGGGUGUCAUCGAGGUUGGUGGAUGAGAUAUUCAACAACAACCCACAAGAGUCUUACUUCGUGUCUCGACAGAGGCAGCGUGCAUCUGAAUAAAGAGUUAAAAGGCAAUAAUAAUCACAUAGUCUCGUGUUUAUGGACUAAUGUGAAAUUUUCUAGUUUUAAGCAGGCAUGUAAUGAAAUAAAAAUGGUGACCUAUGUAAAGGAGGAGACCCUUGUUUUGUAGUGCAAUAACUUGUAUGAACUUUUGAGUGCGUUUUUUUGUCUUUCUAUGUUAAGGAAUAAAAUGUUAAGUACUUAAGUAA